AUGGUGGAUCUUCAAACUCAUGAAGCUUUCUUCAUCUGGUCUAAUGGGAGAAGUGCUGCAUGUCAAGACUUUUCUCUUAUAGAGGAGGUCAUUGUCAAUCUCUUAGAUGACAUCAUGAAAAAUCUACUAACCGUUACUCCCUCAAUAGAGGAAAUCUCUUCUUAUUUUUUUAAUCUCAGUAAAGAUAGCUCUCCAGGCCUAGAUGGUUUUGGUGGUGUAUUCUACCAAACAUAUUGGAACAUUGUCAAGCAUGAUGUAUACAAGGAACUCAGCGAAUUCUUCACUUCAGGAUGGAUCUUUCCAAACUUCAAUUCCAAUACCAUUAUCCUUCUAUCUAAAUCCAAAGAUGAUAACACUGUGGAAAAGUUUAGGCCCAUUGCUAUGGCCAAUUUCAAAUUCAAGAUUAUCUCCAAAAUCUUGGCAAAUAAGUCUGGUUUCUCCUCUAAGAAAUUUCAUUGGAUUUCCACCAUCUUGUUUUCAGCUAAUCUAUAUCUAGAAAUCAAUGGUUCUCAUCAUGGAUACUUCAAGUGUGUCAGGGGUGUUAGGCUAUGGGACCCCCUUUCACCUUCACUUUUUUGUUUGGUAGAGGAAGUUCUUACCCGAGGAAUUUCUAAGCUAGUUUCGGUAGGUAAUUUGAAACCAAUGAUGGCCAUAAGGACCUUGGGUGUUCCAAUUCACAUUCUCUAUGUUAAUGAUAUUCUAAUUUUUCGCAAAGGUACUGCUUCUAACAUCCAAGCUCUCGCUUCUCUUUUCUCUUCUCUAGGAAUCUAA